AAGAUAUGAUGUAAAAUUAGAAUAAAUAUCUCCUUCAAUUUUGCUUCUGAUCCGUGAUGUUUUGUAAUUCUGGGUCGUUUUGUUUAUAUAGUAGUCUUGUGAAGGUGAAUUUCUGAAGAGAUAGUAGAGUAUUUUUGAAAGGGGAGGGAGAUAAAACUUGGAAGGAAGAUGAAUAAUUCUGUUUCAGAUAACAGUUUUAUUAUUGAGAGUGAUGAAGAAGAUGAGAAGGAUUUGAACAGAGGUCAAGAUGAUGGUCAUGAUUCUGAUUCUUCCAAUUACUCAAAUGACAAUCCUCCACAGAGAAAACCCAGUUCUUACAACAUCUCAUGGCCUCAGAGUUACAGGCAGUCUAUUGAUCUAUACAGUAGUGUACCAUCACCAAAUAUUGGAUUUCUGGGCACUCCCACAUUGUCCAGAUUAAGUAGUUCCUUUCUUUCAUCAUCUCUGACAAGGAGGCACACUCCUGAAAUACUUCCUUCAGUGACAAAACCUCUGUUACAACCACCAGAAGAAGAGCAUCAGAGACGUAGCUCCCAUGCCUUGCUUCCUCCUCUUCCUUCUAGGAGGUCUUCUAUGCUUAAGAAGGAUUCCAAGGUUUCUCAUGAAAUUCCUUCUAGGCAAUGCUCUUUUGGACAAGCUGUUCUUAAUGGCAUAAAUGUACUUUGUGGUGUAGGAAUCCUUUCUACCCCUUAUGCUGCCAAACAAGGUGGAUGGCUUGGGCUUUCGAUCUUGUUCAUUUUUGCAGUUAUUUCAUUUUAUACUGGGAUGCUCUUGCGUUCUUGCUUGGACAGUGAACCUGGCCUUGAGACAUACCCUGACAUUGGCCAAGCUGCAUUUGGUACUACAGGACGUAUUGCCAUUUCAAUAGUAUUGUAUGUGGAGUUAUAUGCUUGUUGCAUUGAAUAUUUAAUUUUGGAGGGCGACAACUUGUCUUCCUUAUUUCCAAAUGCAUACUUAAGUUUUGGAGGAAUUGAAUUGAGUUCACAUACUCUCUUUGCUGUGGUUGCCACCUUGGCUGUUCUUCCUACUGUUUGGCUCCGUGACCUAAGUAUUCUCAGUUACAUCUCAGCUGGUGGAGUUGUUGCAUCAGUUUUGGUGGUUCUCUGCUUGUUUUGGAUUGGCGUAGAGGAUGUUGGCUUUCAUAGCCAAGGGACAACACUCAAUCUUGGAACUCUUCCUGUUGCUGUGGGUCUUUAUGGUUACUGCUACUCUGGACAUGCUGUGUUCCCAAACAUUUAUACAUCCAUGGCAAAUCGAAACCAAUUCCCUAUAGUACUCUUAGUAUGUUUUGGUAUUUGUACAUUGCUGUAUGCCGGAGCUGCUGUUAUGGGAUACACAAUGUUUGGAGAAGCUAUUCUCUCUCAGUUCACUCUUAACCUGCCCCAAGAUUUGGUGGCCAGCAAGAUUGCUGUCUGGACUACGGUGGUUAAUCCGUUUACCAAGUAUGCGUUGACUAUAUCUCCUGUGGCAAUGAGUCUUGAGGAGUUGAUACCAUCAAACCAUGCCAAGUCUUACCUAUAUGCCAUCUUCAUCAGAACUGGGCUUGUAGUUUCUACCCUCAUUAUUGGUCUCUCAGUUCCAUUUUUUGGUCUGGUGAUGUCAUUGAUUGGAUCAUUACUUACAAUGCUUGUUACUUUAAUACUACCCUGUGUUUGUUUCCUAAGAAUCCUUAGAGGCAGAGUCACACGAUUACAGGCAACACUUUGCAUUACAAUUAUCACGGUAGGUGUUGUAUGUGCUGUUUUUGGAACAUACUCAGCUCUCUCCGAGAUUGUGAAGAGUUUGAUUGGAUGAAGUUUUGUGCCUUAAACCGUGGAAGAGUAGAUAUGUUUGCUAUUAUGGAGCAUGUUCAAUUAUUCUACCUAUUUUGAUUGUUCAUCCCCAAUUUUGAGUCCAUUUUUCGCUUGCCGUGGCUUCCCCAUUCUGUUACUAUUAAUUGUGGGUAUUCUGGUUCCUAGUUACCUUAUCGUAAAAAGUUUUGCACACAUUUGAAGUUUCGAGAAUGGUAAAUUGGUAAUCAUAGAUUGUCUAUGAGGAACAGUUGAGAUUUAAAGGAGAGAUUAAAUGAAUUUAUU